AUGUCAUUAAUUUGUCUAUCAUUACAAAAAUGCAAUCGAUUCACAUGUGGUUACAUUUCACAUUUCAUCAAAAUAGAUAAAGCUACCAGUCAAGUCAACCUAGAUCCAGAUUGGGAAACUAUCCUACAAAUUUGUGACUCCAUCCGCCAACGAGACGUUACGGCAAAAAAUGCAGUAAGUGCUAUAAAAAAGAAAAUUCAUGACAAUAACCCUAGAAUUGCCUAUUUUUCGCUUGUGGUCUUAGAGGCAUGCGUUAAAAAUUGUGGUUCACCGAUUCAUGACGAAAUUGCCAGUAAAAACUUCCUUGAUGAUAUCAGAUCACACGUUAAGAUAGCUCCAGAAAAUGUGAAAGACAAGAUUUUAGAAUUAGUACAGAGUUGGUCGAGAGCUUUCGCUAACAGUCCUUCAUAUACAUCAUUUCAAGAUACGUAUAAUAUAAUGAAGAUGGAAGGUCACAAUUUUCCUCCUGUUAAGGAGACAGACGUAAUGUUCACAUCAGAAAAGGCUCCAGAAUGGACUGAUGGUGAUGAAUGCCAUUUGUGUCACGUCAACUUUAGUCUAAUUCAAAGGAAGCAUCACUGUCGAAAGUGCGGUCAAGUCUUUUGUGGCCAGUGUUCAUCCAAAUCAUCAACAAUCCCACAAUUUGGUAUUGAGCGCGAAGUACGUGUUUGUGACCAUUGCUACAAUCAGCUUAAG